AUGAGAAAGAAGGUGGGAGAUCAGAUUGUUCCCCUGGCAACGCUGAUCCUCACUUUUAACACAUUUAAAUUACCUAAUGCUAUCAAGGCAGGAUGGCUGAACUUCAAAGUCAAGCCAUACAUACCAUCACCUUUGAGAUGUUACCACUGCCAGAUGUUUGGUCAUUUGAUCCAGAAAUGUAGAAAGAAAAUGAAUGAAGAACCUGCUUUAUGUUGUAAUUGUGGCAAAGAAGCACAUGGACCAUGCAAUGAACCACCGUCUUGUGUUAAUUGUGGAGAAAACCAUCCUGCGUCCUCAAAAAUUUGUGUAAAAUUUAUUUUAGAGAAGGAGGUGCAAACAGUUAAAGUUUUGGAAAAGAUUUCGUUUAAAGACGCUAGAAAGAAAGUACUAGAACUUCAAAUAAGACCGGGAGUUACAUUUUCAUCAGUAAUUAAGAAGCCACAGUCCAGUGUACAAGUCCCAGCUACUCAUGCAAUGCAACAGCAACCAUCCGCAGCAGUCACAAAGCCAAACCACGCUCAGACAACGCCACGUGGAGAGGAGCAUGCUGAUGAUAAAACUAAAGCGGCAUGUUCUUUAAAUAGUGAAAGUAGCACAUCACUCCAGCAACCAAAACCACAGGUUCUUAAAACCAUGUACGCAGAGGAUAACUAA